AUGUCGUUCUACAUUGAGAACAAGAAUGUCGGCAACAAGGCCGACUCGGAGGACUGGAGAAUCCGCGGGUACAAUCCCCUGACGCCGCCCGACCUGCUGCAGCACGAGAUCCCGCAGACGCCCGCGUCCAAGAAGACGGUCAUCGAGUCGCGCGACGAGGUGGCGGCCGUCGUCAACGGCUCCGACGCCCGCCACCGGCUGCUCGUUGUCGUCGGGCCCUGCUCCAUCCACGACCCGGAGGCGGCGCUGCGCUACUGCGACAUGCUCCUGCAGGCCAAGCAUAAGCACCGGGACGAGCUGCUCAUCGUGAUGCGCUCGUACCUCGAGAAGCCGCGCACCACGGUCGGCUGGAAGGGCCUCAUCAACGACCCGGACAUUGACGGCAGCUUCAAGAUCAACAAGGGCCUGCGCCUGGCCCGGCAGCUCUUUGUCGACCUGACGGCCCGCGGCAUGCCCAUUGCCAGCGAGAUGCUCGACACAAUCUCCCCCCAGUUCCUCGCAGACCUGCUCUCCGUCGGGGCUAUUGGCGCCCGCACCACCGAGAGCCAGCUGCACCGCGAGCUCGCCAGCGGCCUGAGCUUCCCCGUGGGCUUCAAGAACGGCACCGACGGCUCCCUCGGCGUCGCCAUCGAUGCCAUUGGCGCCGUCCGGCACCCGCACCACUUCCUGUCCGUCACCAAGCCCGGCGUCGUGGCCAUUGUCGGCACCACGGGCAACGACGACUGCUUCGUCAUCCUGCGCGGCGGCACCGCGGGCACAAACUACGACGCCGACAGCAUCGCAAAGGCAAAGGCGGCCCUCGAGGCAAAGGGCGUCCGCCAGCGCCUCAUGGUGGACUGCAGCCACGGCAACUCGCUCAAGGACCACCGCAACCAGCCCAAAGUGGCUGCCGACCUCGCCGAGCAGAUUGCAAAGGGCGACACGGCCAUCAUGGGCGUCAUGAUUGAGAGCAACAUCAACGAGGGCAACCAAAAGGUGCCCGACGAGGGCAAGUCGGGUCUCGAGUACGGCGUAAGCAUCACAGACGCGUGCAUCAACUGGCAAGACACCGAAUCUGUGCUCGACAACCUCGCCGAGGCCGUUAAGCAGAGACGCAAGCUUGUAGGCUCCAACGGCCAUGCCUAG